GGGCAGGGGACGGGCAGGGGGCGGGCCUUGGCCGAGGUCUCACGGCGACUGCGCGGACGGGAUCCCGACUGGAACAUGGCGACUUGCGCUGAAAUCCUACGGAGUGAGUUCCCCGAAAUUGACGGACAGGUCUUCGACUACGUGACGGGCGUCUUGCACAGCGGCAGUGCGGACUUCGAGUCUGUGGAUGACCUGGUGGAAGCUGUGGGGGAACUGUUGCAAGAGGUGUCCGGGGACAGCAAGGAUGACGCGGGCAUCAGGGCCGUGUGCCAGCGCAUGUACAACACUCUGCGCCUGACUGAGCCACAGACCCAGGGAAACAGCCAGGUGCUACUAGACGCCCCCAUCCAGUUGUCAAAGAUAACAGAGAACUACGACUGUGGCACCAAACUUCCAGGCCUGCUAAAGAGGGAACAGUCCUCGGUGAGGAGGGGAGGAGGAAGAAAAGGAGAGGGCUGUAUCUAUGGUGGGA